ACCCCUUCUGCGGAUUUAGCCAAUGAGCACCUGCCCACAAGCGCCGAGGGUCCACACGAUCCCUGAACAUUUCCCAAAACAACACUUUCAACAGAUAGAGAACACCGCUUUACAGAAGAGACAUGUAUUGCAUACUUUAUUACACGGUGGGGCUUGCUUUGUUCCAGCCGCUGUUAGCGGCAACGGUCGUGCAAGUCGAUAAAGACUAUAAGAGUUCAAAUACAUCGACUGACUUUCUUUAUUUCGCUUAUGGAAGUAAUCUUUUGAAAGAGAGACUGCAGUUGAAAAAUCCGUCCGCCGAGUUUGUCAGAACGGGUCGACUGAAGGAUUAUUCUCUUCGAUUCGGACAUUGGAGGGAAGACUUCAAUGGCUCCAACUCCUGGCACGGAGGUGUCGCAACCAUCCAGCCGGUCAAAGGAGAAGAUGUGUGGGGAGUCAUCUGGAAGAUGGACACAUCCAACCUCAUAAGCUUAGACAAACAGGAGGGAGUGAAAGGGGGUAGCUACAGCCCCACAGAGGUUACCGUGGACACAGAGGACGGUCUGGUGGUCUGCCGGACCUAUCUGAUGAACAACUUUAAAGCUUACCUCACUUCCCCUCCGUACAAACAGGUCGUGUGCCUUGGUGCCAGACAGAAUGGCCUUCCUCUGGAAUACAUUAAGAAGCUGGACGCUGUGGAGACCAAUGGUUACAGCGGGCCCUCCAUUAUGGAUGACAUCAUAGGCUUCAAGCCCACGGGAAACCCCCAGCUGGAAUCACCGGAGACAACAAGCAAGAAAAGAAACCCUUUUUUUAGUUGGUUAUAUUGGUUAUCUUGAAGUUCUAACACAAAUGUUUGCUUUUUAAAGGCUGUUUAAAAAAAAAAUAUUACUCAAGCACAUUCUGCCAUUAUUUUGGGUGAUAAUGUGACGCGUUUUCAUUAAAAUAAACUUCGGAGUGUCUUAAGAGCAAAUAAAUUACGAAA